AAUCUUCUUAGGGUUUUUGUUUCCUUUAGGGUUUUUGUUUUUUGCUAACGAGAGGAUUUUCUCGACGCGAGCUCCGGCCAUGAAAAGCCUUUCGAUUUCUCUAAUCCGUCGGCUUCAUUUCCAUAAAUUCAGACCAAUUCCACUUCCAAUCCACCUGAAUACUGCUUCUUCUUUUUCUUCUUCAUCCUCUUCUCUGGUCUCGCCAACACGCGAAGUCUCCACUUGCUGCAGAAGAACCAAUGGCAUGAUCAAGAGUCAGUUCUGGGUCAAUCCAUAUCGGAAUUUUAAUACCCAUGUCGAGGAACCUCCAGAGCUUUCGUCAAGUGAUAAGGAAAAAAUCGAUCUCGAAGAAGCGUUUGAGUCGGCGAAUACCACUGAUGAAAUGGUCCGUUUGUUCAAGGAGAUGGAAUUGACUUUCGAAGGGAACGAAUUAGGUUUAUCUGCUUUGAAAUUAGGUCUCCAUCUCGAUCGUGAAGGUGAUGAUCCUGAAAAGGUUUUGUCUUACGCUGAUAAAGCUCUUAAAUCUUUCGAUGGAGAUGGCAAUAAACCUAAUCUUCUUGUUGCCAUGGCGUUGCAAUUAAUGGGUUCUGCUAAUUACGGUUUAAAACGUUUUAGUGAUAGUUUAGGUUACUUGAACAGAGCUAAUCGGAUUCUAGUUAAGUUAGAGGCAGAUGGUGAUUGUGUUGUGGAAGACGUUAGGCCGGUUUUACACGCCGUGCAACUCGAGCUUGCUAAUGUUAAGAAUGCUAUGGGGAGGCGAGAGGAAGCGAUUGAGAAUUUGAAGAAGAGUUUGGAGAUUAAGGAGAUGACUUUUGAUGAAGAUAGUAAAGAGAUGGGUGUGGCGAAUCGGAGUCUUGCUGAUGCUUAUGUUGCGGUUUUGAAUUUUGAUGAGGCUUUGCCUUAUGCGUUGAAGGCUUUAGAGAUACAUAAGAAAGAAUUGGGGAAUAAUUCAGCUGAGGUUGCGCAGGAUCGAAGACUUCUCGGUGUGAUCUAUAGUGGUUUAGAGCAACAUGACAAGGCGUUGGAGCAGAACCGAUUGUCUCAGAGGGUUUUAAAGAAUUGGGGCAUGAAAUUGGAGCUGAUUCGUGCGGAGAUCGAUGCUGCAAACAUGAAGGUUGCUUUGGGUAAAUACGAGGAAGCGAUUGAUAUAUUGAAGAGCGUUGUUCAACAAACCGAGAAGGACAGUGAGAUGAGAGCUAUGGUGUUUAUAUCAAUGUCGAAAGCUUUGGUAAACCAACAGAAGUUUGCUGAUUCGAAGAAAUGUUUGGAGUUUGCUUGUGAAAUUCUUGAGAAGAAAGAAACAGCUUCACCUGUAGAAGUCGCUGAAGCAUACUCUGAGGUAGCAAUGCAGUACGAGUCAAUGAACGAAUUUGAAACCGCUAUUUCGUUGUUGCAAAAAACUUUGAGUAUACUAGAGAAGCUUCCUCAAGAACAGCACUCAGAAGGAAGCGUUUCUGCUAGGAUAGGUUGGUUGCUUCUGUUCUCGGGUCGAGUCUCUCAAGCGGUUCCUUACUUGGAAAGUGCAGCCGAGAGGUUAAAAGAAAGUUUUGGUGCUAAACAUUUUGGAGUUGGAUAUGUAUAUAACAAUCUCGGUGCUGCUUAUUUAGAGCUCGGAAGACCUCAAUCCGCUGCUCAAAUGUUUGCAGUUGCUAAAGACAUUAUGGAUGUUUCACUCGGUCCAAACCAUGUGGAUUCAAUCGACGCUUGUCAGAAUCUUUCUAAAGCUUACGCUGGAAUGGGAAAUUAUAGCCUUGCAGUGGAAUUUCAACAGCGAGUGAUCGAUGCUUGGGAUAAUCAUGGAGAUAGCGCAAAAGACGAAAUGAAAGAAGCAAAAAGACUUCUUGAGGAUUUGCGAUUGAAGGCUCGAGGAGGCGUAUCAACAAAUAAGCUUCUGAAUAAGGCUUUACCUUUGCCCAAGACAAGCCAUUGAUAGUGGGCUUUGUGAAGUCUCAGCACCAAAGAACAAACAAUGAAAAAAAUGGUGAGAUUUAAUUAGCACCUUCUGGUUUUUUUCAUAUGAUCAUCGUAUACUAAACUUUUGUUUUGCCACUGAAUAAUUAAGUUAUUCUCGAAAUAAUGUGUUUAGCUACUUCGAUCAUUAAAUUAGAAUUCUUUUAGAUUUCACUC